AUGACGAUCACCUCGAGCCAUUCCAUCGUACACCAAAGUGCUUCUGGGCAUCCCAAGGCCACGCCGAUACGAAAGCAUGGAGGGCCGACUCCCGCGGGUAUCCUAGCUACCUACUACGACUUCCCAAGUGAGGACCAGGCUCGCUGGUGGGAGGAUACGGGUCCGCUAUUCAACCGCAUGCUCGAAGCCGGACAAUAUGACGUACACCGACAAUAUCAGUUUCUGUCUUUCUUCAUCCACCAUCUGCUGCCGGCUCUCGGGCCAUAUCCUCAGCGGUGGCGCAGCACCAUCUCGCGCAGUGGGCUGCCCAUUGAGUUCAGUCUCAACUUUCAGAAAGGCUGCCACCGUCUGGUGCGCAUCGGGUUCGAGCCCGUCAGUUUCCUGUCCGGCACGCCGCGGGAUCCUUUCAACGGAAUCCCAGUAGGCGAUCUUCUCAGGCAGCUGGUGAAGCUUCCUCUACGGGACUUCGAUACGCAACUAUUUCAGCGGCUGCUCGGGGACUGCCACCUGUCCCCGGGAGAGGUCCAUCAAGUCCAGGAGCUGCUGAAAGUCCCGGAUGCCAACCCCUUGAAGUCACAGGGGGCGUUCGGCUUCGACUUCCUUCGUGAUGGCACCGUCUUGGUCAAGGGAUACGUGUUUCCGAAUCUGAAGGCCCAGGCAACCGGUAUCCCUAUCGGUAACCUCGUCGCCGACACGGUACGAAGCCUGGACGCCGAGCGCAACCAAUUCCUCCCCGCCUUCUCUCUCGUGCACGAUUACAUGCAGGAAAGUACGGGCUACAACCAGUAUACUUUCCUGUCCUGCGACUGUGUCGACAUGCCACGUCAGCGUCUGAAGCUCUACGGCGCUCAUACGGAGGUGACCUGGCCCAAGAUCGCCGAAAUGUUCACCCUGGGCGGGCGCCUAAUCGACGAGCCCGAGAUAAUGGCCGGGUUGGAUCACUUGAGAGAACUCUGGACCCUGUUGCGCAUCGGCGAAGGUACUCGCGCCUUCAGCGGCGGGUUCGACCAUAGCCAGGACACCGCCGCCAGCCAAGUCCUGUCGCCCAUGAUCUGGAACUACGAAAUCCAUCCCGGCGGUCGAUUCCCUGUGCCAAAGUUCUAUCUCCCGGUUCAUGGCGAGAAUGAUCGAUUUGUGGCCGAGUCCUUGGCCCGAUUCUGGGACUCCUUAGGCUGGUCGGAACAUGCACGUUCAUACGUGAAGACUGUGGAGGACCUUUAG